UUCCGAUAGGCAUGAAAAUUUCACAGAAUAUUUUUGAAAUGUUUUACUAUGAGAAAAUACAAAGAAAAUAAUAAAUGAUUUUUCAAAAGUGUUAGACCCUACCCGCCCCUUAACAGAAUGAUGUUGACAAUAGUUCAAUAGUCCCACGUCAACAAUUGGCAACAACUUGAUUGCGUAUGAUAGUUUUUAGUAACCAAUGUCUGGCAUACUUUCAUGUCGCAAAAGAAUUUCAUAGAAACGUGUUAUUGUGAUUACUUCUUAUCUGAACGCAGGUGUGACAAUCGGUGUUUAAUUACCUUUAUCAUAUCGAUAACGACCAGUCUACUUUCGAGAUAACAGCUCAAAAUGUUCGUCCAUUAUUGAUUGUCGCCAUUAUUGAUUCGGCUCAUGCCCAAAGAAAACGUUCAUUACUGUUUUGCGGUUCACUAAUGUGAUUUUUAAAUUGGACCAAGUGUUUCAAAUCAUAUCAUUUCAAACGGAUUCUUGGAAAAAUCAGCAUUAAGGUAGAAAACGUUAUAGUACUAAUGAGGGACACGUUGUAUUUCUGAAUAUACACAGAUUCAGGCUUUAGAAAAGGAAACUGCAAUUUAAACGCGAGUGAAAUUAAAAGAAGAUCGAGGUAACUAAUAUUAGGAUACCUUGACUGUAUCAGAAUGGCCGAAGACAACACAAAAUAUAAGAAGACCGGUAAACUGGGAGGAGCUCGUCACGGUGACUCGUUCCAGGUGCAUUUAUUAAUGCUUAUUUAUCAAGGAGCUGCUCGUGAUAAAAGUUUUACAAAUUUCCGCUUAGCAACCGAGUGGGAAGUUGCGGAAAAAUUUGACGAUGUAGUUCUGGUGUGGAAAACAGAUGAAGGUAAAACUCAAAAUUAUUUAUUCAUCCAAGCCAAACACAAGCAGUCUUCGGAAAUCAACGAGAAACAUUUUUUCCCUGUGAAGGAUGACGAGAAGGUAAAUGGAGCUUUUUCGAUGUACAAAUAUUUGCAAUCGUUUUAUGACAUUAUGAACAACAGUGAGUUCAAUAAUGGGAACCUUGAUUUUGUGAUUUACACGAAUGCAAAAUUAAAUAAUAGUUCAGGGUGGUUCAUCGAAGCUGGUAUCCAACCUACAAGUGCUCUGAAUUUGCUAGGAGGCAGCGGAGAGUUUUUUAAGGUACAAAACACCGAUGAACGCAUAAAGACUUUAUUAGAUUUUAGCAACAAAGCUUUCCACGAUUUACUAGAAGAGAUAGAAAAUGCCUUUGGAGAUAGCAAGAAAAAAGAGAAAAAUGAUGGAGUUGAAAAUGGAGAAGAUAAGUUUCAAACAGAUUUAAUUAAAAAGUACAGCACUGAAUUGAACAAUAAAGUGCUUUUUGUUAAAAAAGGUGCGGUUCGAUUUACUGCUAGAUUCAAAAAGUAUGAAAAUUUGAGUCCCUUAGAACUAAAACUAUAUGAGCAUUUCUCGAAGGAAGACAAAAUGCAAACUAUGAAGAGUACAAAUAAGCAACUGAUUGAAGCGUUAACUUCUAAAAACCAAUCAAAGAGUAGACUUCGAUAUUUUGAAAAAAUAGAUGUUGAGAAGUUUUUUGAAAAAUGUAUCAUUGCCACUAGUCAGCCAAACAACGAAGAACUUGAAAAACACGUAAUAGAAAAAUUCAAGGGGACACAGAAGUCCGUCUCAGAUGAAUAUUAUGCCGAUCUGAUGUACGCAGGUUUACGUAAAAUUAUCAACAAUUGGUUGGAUUUCAUGCAAGAUAAACUUUGUCCUUUUUUAACGAUUACCGAAUUGACAAACCACUCAAACGACGUUAUUCGUACUAUUGCAAAGUCAAAGUUAGAAGGUCAGACACAAAUUUUCGAAUGCGUGAUGGAAAACUUUCGCAUCAAAUUUGCAAGUUGCAGUCCUCUAGGAAAUUUGAUUGCCUUUAAUUUUCCUAUGGUUGUUUAUAAAUGUACCGAGGAAGGGCUUCUAACUUAUCUUAAAAUGUAUCAGAUUUUUCAUGACCAUAAACAAAUCUAUCACUAUUUGAAACUAACAGAUUUGCCUCACUUUGAGAAAGAAAUAAAUAGUUUGAAAGACUCAAAUUCGGAUGUUUAUAUUUUACUGGACGAUAAUUGUCCAGAAUCUAAGGUCUCAUAUGACUUUAUCCAAUCAGAUUCGAUUAGUAAUAAAAUCAAACUUAUUUUUUUAACCACCACUGAGGAUCGCACCAAAAAUUUCUUCAGAAAUCAACCUUUUUAUUCGAUUGAAGAUUCAAAAGACAACAUGAAACUGUUGAGCAAAGAUAGUCAAGAUAAACUUUCACAAAAGUCAGUGGCAUUUCAAGGUGUUGAACUUACUUUGCAUGAACUUUUUCCGACUAAAAAUCUUCAUGCUCUCAUAAGUGACGAAAUAGUCGAAAAGUUGAUACAACAAAAACGUAUUGAAAUUGGAGUUGCUUCACCUGAAUUGAAACUUGGUUGUUAUAUCGCACAAACUAUUAGUAAUUCACCAAGCGAUGGCUUAUGGGCUCGAAAAGCCGAGAAAAUCUAUGGCGAGGAGGAUUUUCUCAAUCAUUCAACUCAAUUUAAAACGAUUCUGCUGUCCUCUUUACCAGGUAUGGGGAAAACUACUCUUUGGAUGAAAUUAGCUCAAGUUGUAAAAAAAUUGAAUCCUACUAAUUGGAUCCUGUUCAUUCGACUGACUGAUUGUGCGAAAAAACUAGAAGACCCAAACGAACUAACGAAUUUAGAAGACGCAAUUAAUCUGCUCUGUGUAAUUCUGUCGAUAGAAUCUGACUUUGAACGUAAACUAUUUUCGAAAUGGCUCCAGGAAACAGAGCAUAAAAUUACCAUCUUUUUCGAUGGUUACGAUGAACUGCCUAUGAAAGUAAUGGAGAAAGCUAUUUCAUUAUUUCGUAUGCUCCAAAAAGUGCAGAUUUUUAUCAGUACACGAUCCCACCAACAGGAAGUUUUGGAAAGGUAAUAAAAGUGAAGACAUUUUACUUGCAACCGAUCAGCGAAAGUGACCAAAUAGUUCUUUUGAAACAUCUUCUCAAAGUUUCGGAUAAUCUUGAUACGAUAAAUGCAUUUGUAGAGAAACUGAUUAAAAGCGAACCGAUGAAGGCCCUUACAACAACUGCUGGCACUCCUUUAAUUAUCAACAUGCUAGCCGAAAUCUAUAAAUCUUAUGUGAAUGAACUGUGCAAACCAAAUGAAAACACUCCUUUGCAAUCCUUCAAUGCAGAAAACUUGAACUUUGUGGAACUAUUUGAAAACUUUGAGUACCAUUCAUUCAAACGACAGCAUAUAGUAAAACAUGAAUUGGGCGACAGUUUAUUGGACAAAGAAAAUCUUUUAUAUGUAAGUUACGUCAAGCUCCACAACUACCUCGGUCUCAUGAGUUUAAUUGGGAAAGAAGCGAUGCACUUGAUUGAAAGUGACGAGCAAGAACGCACAUCACUGGAGAAACAAGCAAAUCGAGUAGACUCUCUAAUUAUGCCAAAAUACUCAAAUGGAAUUCCGCACUUCAUCCAUGCCACGAUAGCUGAAUUCUUCGCUGCAAAGUGUUUGGGUGAGUGUCUGCGUCGUAUGAGUUCCGAAACUAUGAAACAACAUUUUUCCAGGCACGAUAAAAUUUUCGACUCUAAAAAUAAUCAGCAAAUAGCAGAUAUUUACGAUUUGUACCUAAUUGUAUUAAGGCACUAUCCCUUCGUUCGGAAAAUCUUGUUUUUAUAUGCAAGAUCAAAUGAGCAGCUUCUGGAAAAAUUAUUGCAUAUGUUUUCGUUGGUGUUUCCUUAUCCGUUUAAGUUGUAUAAAGAAAUGAUCUGUACAAUGUCAAACUGUGAUCAACUCUGCAGAACGGAGAAAUACUUCCCAAGCACAAAUUACCUCUAUUCACACACUUACUUUUGGCCAAUAGACCCUAACGAGCUACCAUUAAAUUCUGCUGUUCGGAGUGGUAGUGCCGAAUUUGUUAAUUUGUUGUUGAACCAAGAAGGAUUAAUAUAUUCUAGAUAUAAUUACGUAGAAACUGCAUUAGAUAUAGCUUUGAAACUUGGUGACGCCAAAAUUGUCAAGCUUCUUCUGGGCAAAUCAGCCACUAUAGGAACGAUUUCAAUGUCUGGUAUUCUUCUGCGGUUUAAUGAAUGCGCCCAACUGUUUUUAGACCGAGGAAACCCUGGAUGUAUUGAGAAAGCUAUUGGCAUAGAUCGGUCUCCCUACAUAGGUAGUUACAUGUUUGCUCUAGCAUUGAAAAAUUUAACACUGUCCAAAAGAAUUACUUCAAAUGCCGUUAUUUCUCAUAAUAAUUAUAGAAGCAAAUCGUUGAAGUUUUUGAUAAAUGAAAACGAUGAUUCUAUACGUAAUUUAAUCGAAGGGUUGCUACAAAAUAUGAGAGUCUUGCUCGAGGGAGGUGCUAAAGUCGAUAAUUAUGCAUUUAGUAUUGCCAUUUUAUUAGGAAAUCCAGCAACAAAGCAAUGUAUAGAGUUGCUACUUGAAUACGCGGUUGAUCCAAAAGAGGUCUACAAUGCAUUGCAUUCGGCUGUUUUCUUUAAUAACCCCGACUGUGUCGACAUGCUUAUUCAAAGAGGUUUUCCGGUUAUGGCAAAGAAUGAAUACGGUAAAAUCCCUCUUCAUUUUGCCAUUGAGAAGAACGCUAAGAAGGUUAUCGAAAUAUUGCUAGAACAUAAAAAAAUAAAUGAAAUGUUGCUCACUUCGGAUAACUUUGGACGAACUGCUUUACAUAUGGUCGCAAUCUCUGAUAAUUACGAGCUUCUGAACAUUCUUAUUGAACACGGUUUAUCGGUAAUGGCAAAAGAUGAAGAUGGUAGAAUCCCUCUUCAUAUCGCCAUUGAAAACAACGCUAAGAAGGUUGUCGAAAUAUUGC